AUGGAAGGUUACGGUCCGCCAAGAUUUGCCCUGGGAGAUCAAUGGGAGAUGUACCAGGAACGUUUGGAGCAGUACUUCGUUGCGGUUGAUUUGGAAGAGGAGCGUAAAUCCGCUGUACUCCUAACAUCGAUUUCGCUUGAGGUAUACCAGACGGUGAAGAAUAUUUGUUACCCUGCAAAACCAAACACCAAGACGUACGACGAGCUGUGUGGAUUGCUGAAAGGAAGAUUUUGUGCGACGGUUGUUACCUAUCGGGAGAGAGCUUUGUUCUACCGGGCGCGGCAAGAACCAGACGAGAGCGUUUUGGAAUGGCAUGUGCGGUUGAAGAGGCUGUCGCUGAACUGUGAAUUCGGUGAACAUUUGGAUCACGCUUUGAAGGACAUUUUUGUCACGGGACUUCGACCUGGACCGAUUUUUGAAAGAUUGUGCGAAGAGGAUGACGCGGUUUCGUUGGAGGAUUUGCUCAAAAUAGCGUCGAAACGUGAAGCUACAUUGAAGAAUCGAGCGGUCCUGGAGGUGAACAAGAUCGUUGAGAAGAAGCCCAAUUAUGUUCCGAAAUCGUUCAAGAAAACUGGAUCUGCUACGUGUUACGCCUGCGGUAAAGCCAAUCAUGAUUUCCGCAGCUGUCAGUACCGAAGUUAUGUCUGCAAUAUCUGCAAAGAGAAGGGACAUAUUGCCGUGGUCUGUCCAAGGAAGACGAAGGAAAACCUCGGACGGAAGGAUAAAACCGUGAACCAUUUGGAGAUCAACAACAUGGCGUACAGUGACCCUUAUUGCGUGAGUAUUAGCGUGAAUGGAAGGAACACGAAGUUUGAGGUGGACACUGGAUCACCAAUUACCGUUAUCUCGGAGGAAUUUUAUGAGUCUCAGUUCGGAGAAUUUCCCCUACGCCCGUUCCAAGGAAAGCUGGUAUUCUAUACUGGCGGCGAAGCUACACCAAGAGGAGCAUUCGAUGCAGUAUUGAAGUAUCAAGGCGUACAAGCGGUUGGUCAAGUUGUGGUGGUUGAAGGCGGAAGGAACCCUCUGAUCGGAAGAGAUUUCAUUGGCGACUUGCUGAAAAUCAAAUUUAACAAAAUAGAUGCUGAACAAACGGAGAAUUUGGAAGAGCGGCUGAAACCAGUGCUGAACCGUUACGAAGACUUGUUUGACGAUUCUUUGGGCUGCUACAAGUAUUCGAAAGUUAGUCUGCAGCUAAAGCCAGAUGCCGUUCCGAAGUUUGUGAAGCCAAGGAAAAUUCCGAUUUCGUUCCAACCAAAAGUUGAAGAAGAACUGGAAAAGCUCGAGAAAACCGGUAUCAUUUCGAAAGCUGAGAAUGCUGAUUGGGGAACGCCAUUGGUUCCGGUAUUGAAGAAGGACAAUUCGAUCUGGUUGUGUGCUGAUUACCGUGUAACAGUGAAUCCGUUUCUGGAAGACAAACGUUACCCUAUGCCUGUGGCCGAAGACAUUUUUGCCAAACUCAACGGAGGAAAGUUCUUUUCGAAACUCGACCUGAAAUCAGCAUACAAUCAACUUCUGCUUGACGAAGAAUCGAAGAAGAUGUUGGCUUGGAGCACGCAUAAAGGAAUCUACUAUGUGAACAGAUUGCCGUUUGGAACAAAACCUGCUUGUGCUAUUUUUCAAGAGAUCCUGGAGAGGCUAUUGCAAGAUUGCCCUGGAUGUGUCAACUUUCUGGAUGAUGUGCUGGUGACCGGAGCAACUAUCGAGGAACACCUGAACAAUCUGUCGAGAGUAUUAGAGAAGCUUUUGGGAUGCUGGAUUCCGGCUCAACAAAGGUAA